UUUAAUCAAAGCUAUAGCUAAAGUGUGUUUUUGAUGACCUGAUGUCCGUUAUCCGUCCUACAGUAAACUUGUCAAUUUUUUUUUUAUUUCUUCCUAAGAGCAAUUGGGCCAAUUAUGAAUCGGAGUUUGUACAAAGCAGCCUUAGGGAGGAUUUGGUAUCAAGGAACUCAUUUUAACCAUGCUCGCUGAUUCCUUUCAUCGACUUCGUUCAGCAUGUUUUGCAAUUUUACUUAUGUACUCUGCUCUACAUGAAGUGACAACAAAUGAACCUGCAUUUCAAAACGCAAACACUGCCAAAGCUUUCACAAAAGCAAACAGAGAAUUUAUGUUGAGUCUGUUGAAGCAGUUACCAUCGGAAUCCAACGUCUUCUUUUCGCCUUUCAGCAUUUCUAUGGCCCUUGCAAUGGUUCACCUAGGAGCAGGAGCAGAAACACUUGAAGAAAUGAAUCAAGUUCUUCAUUUUGGCAGACUGGGUAAAGACGUUUACUCAGUAUACGGCAUGUAUCUAGGGUUUCUCUCGGCUGCUGCUGAAAACAAUACAGUGGAAACAGCAAAUAGAAUCUACCAAAGCAUGAGGUUUAUAGCAGAAAAAUCAUUUCUUCAUAGUAGUGCAAGAUAUUUCAAUGCAACAGUAGAGUCUUUGGAUUUUUCCAAGUCUGAAAUGUCACGUAGGAAAAUAAAUUCCUGGGUUAGUCAGCAAACAGAGAACAAAAUCAGAAAUCUCAUCCCGGCAGGAGUAUUAAACAGUCGAACAUUAAUGGUUCUUGUAAAUGCCAUUUACUUCAAGGGAAUCUGGAACAGUAAAUUUAAAGGAGAGCUCACGACAAAAAUGGAAUUUCGAAAUGGCAAAGCAAAAUUCAUGACGGAUAUGAUGUACCAGAAGGAAUAUUUUAAAAUUUGCCAUGUUUCAAGCUUGAAGCUAGACGUUCUUGAGCUACCCUAUGAAGGCAAAACAAUGAGUAUGGUUAUUCUCCUCCCAACUGAAGUAAAUGGUUUAGAGACCGUUGAAAGGAGUUUGACCGAGACUGUAAUUAGAAAUGCACUAAGCUGCCUAAGAGAAAACGAAGUGAAUGUUUAUCUGCCAAAAUUCAAACUGGAAUCUGCCUUUCAGUUGAAAUCCCAUUUGUCAGCAAUGGGUAUGUCGUCAGCAUUCGACUCAAACAGAGCCAAUUUUUCAGGCAUAUACAGAUAUCAAGAUGUAUACAUCAGUGAGGUGUUCCAUAAAGCCUUUGUCGAGGUCAAUGAAGAAGGCACUGAAGCUGCCGCGGCCACGGGAAUCAUUGCUAUGUCUAGAUCCAUUCAAAGACCUCUAGAGUUUCGAGCCGAUCACCCGUUUCUGUUUUUUAUUCGUGAUACUGUAAACGACGUAAUGUUAUUUGCUGGAAGAUUUAAUGAUCCAGUCAGUUUUUAAGGAAAAGCAAUUGAAAUGGUGUCUAUGAUUUGUACAAAAUAUCUGUAGAGUGCAGAUUCUUGUUCGUACUAC